AUGGAUCGGUGCUUCGAGUUCCGCUCUGGGCAUGGUGGGACGAUCCGCAGUCCAGGGACUACUGAAUAUCCAGUGGGGCCUCUGUUUGAGAAGAAAUACCAAACAGGAGGAGGAAAGCGUCUAUGCGAGAGGCCGUACAAAUGUCAUUUGCCAGAGUGUGGUCGCGCCUUCAUCCAACUUAGCAAUCUGCAACAGCAUCUGCGCAAUCACGACGCGCAGGUAGAGCGCGCGAAGAACAGACCUUUCCACUGUAACAUCUGCGGAAAAGGAUUUGCAACGGAGUCGAGCCUGAGGACUCACACGUCCAAGGAGCUACAGCUCCGUGUCCCUGUGUUGCAGCAACACGCUGCCCUGAUAGGCGGCCCCAACGCCACUUCCUGUCCGAUCUGCCACAAGCUGUUCCUCGGCGGAGAGGCCCUCAUGGAGCACAUGAAACACACACACAAGGACCCCAACGCUUCUGGAGUAGCAAAUCCGUAUUUAGCGAAACGGAGGACAGCGAACCACCCUUGUCCCGUGUGCGGGAAACACUAUGUGAACGAGGGAAGCCUGAGGAAACACUUGGCGUGCCACCCAGAGACAUCACAACUUACUACGUCUCUCAGGAUGUGGCCUUGUUCUGUGUGCCAGGCUGUGUUCACGCAUGAGUCAGGGCUACUCAGCCACAUGGAGCACAUGCGGAUGGACCCCAAGCACCAGUUCGCUGCUCAGUACGUGCUCAGCCGAGCAGCCGCAGAGCGUCGCGAGCGGGAGUCACUUCUGGCUGCAGCCGUGGCGGCGUCAUCAGCUGGGGGCCUGGCCGGACUGGGGGGCGGCGGACCGUCGUCCAUGUGUGCCAGUCCAUCCGCGCACUCGGACAGUUCCUCAGGAGGCGGGCGGCUGUCCAGCACGGGAUCUGAACCCGGCGGCAUCAUGAACAACAACAAUAACAACAAUAAAUUGGGCGACAUCUUGGGUGGUCGGGGUGGCAAUGGACUGCAGCAGCAGUACGGUGCCGAGGACCUGCACAACGCAAGUCCCGCGGCUGUAAACCUCGCAGCUGCCAUGAGAAUGGGCGCUUCAGGACUCGGAGGAGUGACGUCUCCUGGUGGCAACAACGGGAACAACGGCUCUGCGGGAGGUCCGGGUUCAUCGACCCCUCCCGCGCCUGGGGACGGAGGCGUCUCGGCUGCCCAAGCUCAGGCGGCUAUGAAUGCAGCAAUGCGCGCUGCGUCCAUGGCAGACUCCAUGAGGUCCAUGGACGCAGCUAUGAGAUCUUCGAUGGCUGUAGACUCGGCGAUGCGGCUGGACUCGAUGACGGGCCACCACCACGGUGUACCUCAAGGUCACCACAAUCACCAGCAGUCAUCCGGAGGCAGCAACAACGGGGGCGGAAUGAACCACCACCACGCACAUCACAACCAGGUGUCACCCGACCUCAGUGAGGCCUUGCGGUUACAGGAGCAGAGGCUAGAGCAGGCCCUGCGACUCCAUGGGGGGGAUCCCCGCGCACUAGGCUUCAGCCUGUCCAGUAGCUCUGGAAACUCGCAGAACCAACAGCAGCAACAAAACAACCCAUGA